AUGUCUUCGGGGGGUCAGCGCAUCGAGUCUAGCUUAGAGUCUGGCUCUAGGUCUGAACAAGAAGCCUCUGGGAGUUCUAGCUCCUCUCCUGAGGUAUCUUCGAGGUCCGAUACCCAAUCGGAUCGAAGUGAGUCUUCAUUGGUUGAAUUGGCGGAUCGAGUUCGUUCUGAUGGGGCGUCUCCGCGAGGUGAAAUUGCGACGUCUCUUCAAAUAGUUCCUUUUGAGGAAGAUGGUCGUGAUGGGAGGGCUGUUGAGCAUGUCGAGGAAGAGGUCGACGAAGGGGGUGAAGAAGAAGACGGUCAGGGCGGGGAAGAGGAACAAGACGAGGAAGCUAGACCUCGACGAAAAGGUUCCAAGCGCAAGGGGGCUAUCAAGAAUCGCUUGGAAAAUAUUCCGUCACAGAUGACGGUUCAGCGCCUGGAAGACUUUAGAUCGCGAUAUGGUUUUCGAGGCGAGUUGAUGGCGCCGGGACCCGAAGAUCGACCAUGGCUAGCUCCAGAGAGCUGGGUCAUGCUUUACGAGGCGUGGUUCAGUCUUUGUCAUCUCUGGUUCCCCCUUCCGAGGUUGUUGACGGACUACGUCCACCGGAGGGGUAUUGCUUUCUCGCAAAUUCUCCCUGCGGGAAUUCGAUUUAUGGUCGCAGCUCUGCUAUUCGGGAGCGAGGCUGGAGUCGACGUCGAUUUGCGUUUCUUCGAGGAGAUGACCAACGUCCAAAAGAACAACUCGAUCCCGGGCACGUACACCAUAAAAGCCAGGAAGGAUUGUUCCCUGGUUUAUCCUGUCAACAGAACACCGAGCUGGGAGGCGUCGUUCUUUUACGCGAAGGUGGAUGAGGCAUUGGUUGUCGACACGACCAGGGAUUUUAGAAGCGAGUGGAGCAGGAGCAUCGAUCGAAACGUUCAGCUCGAAGCGUUCCCGGAGAACUAUCACGAGAAUCUUCAGAAGAUCAGGGCUGUUGGGAUACAACAUUGGCCCGAUAUACAUCGUCGAAGAGUCGAAGCUGCCAUCACUCGUAUCACGAACGCUAGUUGGAGGAGGGAGAGUAACCUGCUAGAAAGAGCUACUGCAAUGGCUCCAAUUCAAGUCAACGCGCCCAGUCUCGCUGCACGCUUGAAGGCAAAGAAGAGCGGGAGUAAGGAUCGAGGUCCUUCUGCAGCUCGGCCUGCGCGCACAGAUCCAGUGCCAGCCCAAGAAGAGGUCGAGGUCGUUCCUCAACCCGAAGUAAAUCUCGAGACUGCAGCAGAAGGUGGGGUCGAGGCUCAGAGUGCCGAAGACCAAGUGUCUACUCGGCAAGUAGACGAUGGAGCUGACGAAGCCACGCAGUCGGCGAGGCGCGAGGAGAAGAAACAGAAGAAGAGAAAGCGCGAGGAGAAGAAAAGGAAGGAAGAAGCUGAGGCUGCUCGCCUCGCCGAGAAGAAGAAGGUCGUCGAGGCUAAGGCGAAAGGUAAAAAGAAGAAAUCUUCCGGGGACGGUGACGAUGGCGGUCAAGUUGGAGCGGAGGCUGCGAGCAAACGGCCUAGGGUUGAUCCAGCUGGCGACGACAAAGCCAAGGGGAUCGACUGGAGCUUCAAGUUCGAAUACCCCGAGUCGAGUGAACCGUUUGUCAACAACGUCGACAAAUGUGCUGAGCUAUUCGAGAUGAUAAGAGGCUCCACUUCCGAGGUCCCUCCCGGUACUGAUGGGGCUUUCAAGGAUAUGGCGAGCUUCGCCUUCAAGUUCAUUGCGAGCUGUAAUCGCGCGAGGGGACAAUACAUGCGCUGGCUCCGGAAUGGUGCAGCUCGGCUGAAGGAUGCCCAGGCUGCUGGGAAAAAAGCGGUGAAGGAACGUGACACCGCUAUCGAGCAGCAGAGGGUUGCCGAGGAUAACUGGCAAACGAUGAAAAGAAAGGCGGAGCAGCUCGAUGUCGGGGUGAAGGAGCUGACAGACAAGAUCGAGGCGAUGAAGCAGGAGAAUCUGGACUUAGUCAACAAUCUUCAAAUUGUUAAUGAGGCUAAGAUUCAGGUCGAGAAGUCGAUCGCCACCGAGGUCGUGCGGGCACAGCGACAGGCUGAUGAGAGGAUCGAGGCGGAGACGACCCGAAUUUGGGCGGAUGCUGAGGCAAAGUAUUCAGGUCGCAUCGAUCGGUUGAGGAUUCGGGUUGCUCAACAAGAGGCGAUCGAGAAGGUUAAGCUCGAUCUAGUUCAGGCUCGAGGUACGCUGGAAUGCCUUGAUUUCUUGAAGGAGCAAGAGAUGUCUGAAGCAGAGUUGAGAGCCGAGCUGGAAUUCUCGAAGCGCGAUUGCGAACAGAAGCUUGAUAACCUCAGCUUCACAGAUCUCGAAGAAGGUGACUUGCCUCCGCCUUACCCUGAAACUUCGGAUGGCGGUUCGGAUCGAGAUAAUGCUGAGGAUGAAGAGAACGACGAGGGCGGCAAUGAGCCCGAAGAAUAG